AUGAUCGGCACUGUAUUGUUCGGCUCGACGUACUUCUUCAUGGUCAUGUUCCAGUGCCGGCCGAUUCAAACAUUUUGGGAGGAAUCGCCACGAACAGAUGGAAAGUGCUUCAACAAUCGUGUGGUUAUCAUCAUGACUUUUACCGCCUCGAUUAUCAACUGCCUCGCCGACUGGGCGUUUGGUAUUCUCCCCUUAUUCAUUGUCUGGUCGCUAUCCCUCCCUAAGCGCACCCGGCUCCUCGCGUUCGGCAUUCUCUCAUUUGCCGCCAUCGGGUCUGCCGCGACCGUGGCAAGAUCCGUGUAUAUACCGACCCUCCUCGACGGCGACGACUUCCUAUGGGCGACUACUGAUGUAGCUCUGUGGAGCACCGUCGAGCCCGGCAUCGGCAUCACUGCCGCGUCGCUUGCCACCCUUCGCCCUCUGUGGCAACUCGUAUGGUACCGCGCGGGCAUGCGGUCUCAGGCGCCUCGCGCGAUAGCAUGGCGAGAACGGUUCAAGGGCCAGCCGAGCUAUGUUCGCAGCGACGGCUCAGACCCUCGUCACCCGCGACACCCCGUGCCAGAUGACGCACCUCUUGAAGAGAUCGAGGCUGAUAUCCGGGCCGAGUUUGAGGCGGAGGUGCCUCGCAUCGCUCGCUCCCAAGACGGCUACAGCUCAUCGGCACCGACGAGGCGGAGCGGCUUGAGUAAGGACUUCAACCUCGCAUAUGAGAGAGAGAGGCAAGACGAUGAUGCGGAGUCUCUCGUGGUCCCCCGCGACGACGGCGAUGGUGGGCAAUGGCUCUGUCCAUCACCCCGCGAAGGAGACAACUCGUUUGAGCUCGAAGACGGCCUUCACUUGACACCAAAAGUCAGAUCGCCGGCGCCGACUGUGAACUGGUGUUCACCACGCAUGUCCGCCAUAUCCAUGGGCUUCGGCUCCUUCAACCGAGAUAACCGCGACUCGACCCAUUCAGCCCUCACCCUGGGCGUCAACAACUACGACGGCGCAAACCCCAUGAGCAACCGAGCGAGCAGGCUAAGCAGGCUGAGCAACGUCAGCCACCUUCACGAUAACAACAACAUCAGCAACAGCAACCGCGCGAGCAGACUAAGCACCCUCAACAGCCCAGGCAACCACUACCGAAACAGCAGGAUGACCGUGGAAACGUACACGAACACGACGAACCCCCGCCAUAGCAGCAGGUUCGAUAACCGGUACAGCCGGACGACGCGAGCCAGCAGCCACUACGCCCGCGGCUCGCAGUUCCUGGCGCCGCCUUCGCCGGGAGACUUCCCCAUGCCUAGCCCUCCGCCGAGCGCGUGGCAGAUCAACGUCCCCGGAGGCAUGGACUCGGCACAGUGGCUUUCGUCUAGGAUGGCGGAGCAUCCGGGUCAUCCUGGCAAGAAGCGGUAG